AUGUAUAACACAUUAUAUCCUAAAGCAAAUAUAGACGAAUAUAAAAUUAAAACCGAAAAUAUUACGCUCAUACUACAGAAAAAUGACUGCCAACCCUAUAACGAGAGCGCUGAUUACUUAAUUAACACUCCAGGAUGUUUCAUACCAAAUUACUUAAAAACAUUUAAAUUAAAAGAAGCACGACCUAUUAAAAAAACAUGUGGCGAACGCGCAGUGUUCAUUAAAAAAAUAUCUAACGACAUUAUCAAAUUUAAAAUAAAUCAACACAAAAUGACGAACUAUAAUAAAGGAGAAAAGUAUACGUGUUGUUAUAAAUUUGCCCGCCCGUCCAUCGUUUUAGGAAAGAUAGAUAACACAGCGUUAAGAUAUUCUCCAUGUGAAUAUUUUACAAAUGAUACAGAGGCUCCUUUAGAACAUGAAGUCAUCGUCGUAACUUGUUUUCUUAUUAGAACUAAAAAUAAGGUUAUAUACGAAGAUGCUUAUGCCAUAAUUAAAAAAAUAAAAGUAAUAAAUCAGGAUGAGAAGGAAAAAUCUUGGAACAUAUUGAUCUUGGGAAUGGAUACCAUGUCACGUGCAAGAAUUUAUAAAAGCAUGCCUAAAACAGCCGCUUAUUUAUCACAGAAUAAUUGGUUAGAUUAUAGGGGAUACCAAAAGGUUGGCUAUAACACGUUUCCAAAUGUAAUGGCAUUGUUGACUGGCAAGGAAGUUUCGACGGUAUACAAAGCCUGUUCGUCAGGUAUGGACAGCUGUAACGAAUUAGUUAUAUGGUCUGCAUUUAAAAAAGCUGGAUACGUUACGGGUACAGGAGAAGAAUAUCUACAACUACCCGACACAUUCGCAAAGCGUGGAUAUAAAAAUUCACCUACUGAUCAUUAUUUAAGACCACUUUUUCUAACUGGAGAAAACAGAAUUGGUAGCCUUGUGUGCACGAAAAAGGUGUCAUCAGGAAGGCAUAUCCUUGACUAUGCCUCGCAAUUUGCAAAUGAAUAUAAAACAGAUAAGUUCUUUGGAAUGUACUGGUUUAAUUCCUAUAGUCAUAAUCUGGAAAACAUACCUGCGCUUAUUGAUGGAGAUAUCGUUGACUUCUUUAAAAGCCUUAAUGAUACAGGAAUUUUGAAUAACACAUUUAUAUUUUUCUUAAGUGAUCAUGGAAUAAGAUAUGGAACACAGAGAAUUCCUUAUGAGUCAUAUUACGAGGAGCGCUUACCAAUGCUUUUCGUAUGGGUGCCCCAAACUUAUAAGGAUAUUUAUUUUAAAGAGUAUAAUAACAUGGUGUUGAACCAGAACAGACUUGUUACUCCGUACGAUGUUCGUUUAACUUUGGGGGAUAUAAUGGUAUCGUCUACAAAUACUAUACCAAAAAUAAAUACUGAAGCAUGCUCUAAAUGUGUUAGUAUCUUCAAUGAAAUCCCACCGGAAAGAAGCUGUAAAGACGUUAACGUAGAAGAUAAAUGGUGUACUUGCCACAAGCUGGAAAGCAUAAGUGAAAAUGACUUAGACACACAUCGUAGUUUACAACUAUCUGUGUCAUAUUUACAAGACAAAAUGAAAAAUAUACCAACUAUAUCUUGCAUGGAAUGUAUUGUGCUAAAAUUGAAAAAGGUACUACGAGCGCACACGUAUCGAGACGAAUCCAGCAACAGCACUUAUUUUGUGUUAGCAUUCGUCUUGACACCUGGCGAUGUUGGUUACGAAGCUACGAUUGUCAAACGUAAUAACGAAUUUAUCAUAAUGCAACCGACAUAUACUAUCUCGUCCUACAAUGCAAGAGGAAGUUGUGUUAUUGAACCAAAUCAUCGCUCAUAUUGUAUUUGCAAAAAAAAAGCAAACUGCAAAAGUAAACAC